AUGAGUUCCCAGGGGUUUUCGUUCCCUCCACCACCUCCUCCUCCGCCCGUCCAGGUCUCCCAACCCGCCCACCACCCGCCCAAGCAUAACGGCCGCGGCGGCGGACGAGGACGGGGGCGAGGCCAGGGAAAUCGAGGUCGAGGCGGGAAUCACUCGUCGAACGGGAGUCGUCCUCCAUAUGCCUCGACAAAUACAACAGGAUACAACUACGCGCAGGCCAACUAUGGGUAUCCAGCUCAACCAGUGUCGGCGACGUCGUACAUGCCUGCGCCCCCGCCCUAUCCUCAUACGCAAACAAAUUUCGCAAGCCCGCCCAACCCGCCUACCUUCCAACCACCUCAAAACUUCCAUCAGCCCGCUGGAUCGGCCGCCUACACUCCGCUAUCACACUACACUGGCCCGGCCAACUUGACGCCCGCCGCAUCGUACCCUACUCCACAAAAUUCACCACCCUACCCGCCGAAUGUUGCUCAGCAUGCCUCCCCACCGAGUACUCCGCUGGUGAUGGGCUCUGUGCCGUGGGGCGCGGAUAUGUCUGCUGCAGCACCGACGCCGACACCAUACGGAGGAGCCACCCACGGACACAGUCAUGGCCGAGGGUGGUCGACUCACCCGCACAACCAUCAUAACCACGGGAACCACGGACCCAAAUCAAGGCCGCCGAACAACAAGCGUGAUCACUCCGCUGCCUUUAAGCCUCAGUCCACGGUCCCGCGAACGCCGGCCGCCCCGGCCGUCCCCAGCUUUGGCAACCCAUUGCCGUGCAAACCGCCGCCAGCCGUGGACGCCAGUCGCGACGCAGCUCGACGACCGCCUCGAAAACGAAAGCGCAAACACAAUCAGCUCGGCCUGACCCCGAAAACGGAGGAGCACGAGUCGAGCGAGGAAGAGGAGGACGGAGACGAGGAGUCGAAACUGUCGCAACCAGGCGCCGAGGCCGCCCCGCUGCAGUUCUCUUACAAGGGUAAAACAAAUAAUUUGCAAUCACCCGCCGACAUCCAAGCAUGGAUUGCAGAGCGGAAAAAGAAAUUCCCCACGCAAGCCCGUGUGGAAGAAAAGCAAAAGGCUGCAGAGGAAGCCAAGGCCGCCCGCGAAGCUACUCGACGAGAGAAGAUGAAUGAGCGGGGGAAAGCAAAUGGCAAGAGCGACAACAAAGAUAAGCAGAAAGAAGCCCGCAAAUCCAUCGACGCGAAUGCGGACCCGGCGUUGAGCGCGGCGAUGAAAGCGCAGCGCAAGGCGGACAAGAUCCGACGCAACCUGGACCGGGAGCAGAAACGCUUCGCUAAGGCCGAGGCGGAAGCCGAAGCGGCUCGUCUCAAGGUGGCUGCUCUACAGAAACAGCUGGGAAGUGGCAACAAUGAGGAAGAAAAUGGAGAUGCCGGCGAACCGAACGCCGACUCUGUGCCUGAGCCUCCAGCUGCCGACCCCAUGACCCUCGACCCUCCAGCCGUGGCAUUGACCCCCGCUAAUCCUGUUCCUGCAAAGGCUGAGCCGGCCAGCAUCAAUGCUGCCGGCCCCUCGCAGGACCUGUCGGAUCUCGAGAAAAGCGAUUGGACCUCGUCGAGCGGUAGCAGUGAUUCCGAGUCAGACUCCGACGAGAGCGCAAGCAGUUCGGACAGUGACUCGGAUAGCGACCGCGAUAGCGACUCGGCGCCGGAACAAGCCAGUUCGCGACGGCAGGGACCCGAGAAGGUCCCGCCGCCACCGCGCGAAGGCAAGAAGCAGCUCUGCCGACACUUUGCGCGCAGCGGCAAGUGUAAUCGCGGGGAGCAGUGUAGUUUCUCGCAUGAUGUGGCUGGGCGGGCCAAGGCGAAGCAGCAGAAGGAGAAGCAGAAGGAUAAGGAGAAGCAGGGGCGCAAGGGACUUUUACAGGCUCUACUCGACCGACAAAAAGAAGACGAGGACCGACGGGCGAUGGAAGUCAUCGUCUGGCUGGGACAGAAUGGACUGUUGGGGCCGACGAACGACCGUUCGGACGCCCCGCAGAUGGAGACCGAUAUCCCGGCCUAG